AACAGGCAUCCAGUACCUGGGAGAUAGUGUGGGGUCAGAGGUGAACCGAACACUUGGGUGUCACGAAAGUGGCAACGGAGGAGUAAAUAAAUGGCACUAGACCUGAUGGGCAUGGCCCUGGGGGCCUCCUGGAGGAAUAGACCUCCGUGCCCCAUCAACCAAGAGUGGUGAUUAUGGAGAGCCGCGUUGACACCUCGUAACAAUGAGAGGCGUUCUAAGAUAGAAGGGGUGGACUGGUUGGAAUGGGGACUGCCCCUCGCUAGAACCCAGUUCAAUUGGACCAACAUUUAUUGAGUGCUCACUGAAUGCCUUGUUCUGGAGUGAAAGAAGGAAGAGGAUCUGGGAGGCUGUUAUGUCAAGGAACUCAAAGAAACCCUCCUUACCCAGGCAGGAGCCGAAGACACCAUCGGGCAAAAAGGUGAAGUCUCCAUGCCCUCCCCUGUCCCGGUCAUGGAAGCAGGACCGCGAGCAGACGCUGGCGGCAGCUUACGUGCCAGUGGUGGUAGACCCAACGGGGCAGAACCUGGACAAGCUCAGGUUCAACUUCUACACCUCUCAGUACUCCAAUUCCCUGAACCCCUUCUACACCUUGCAGAAGCCUACCUGUGGCUACCUGUACCGAAGGGACACUGACCACACCCGCAAGCUCUUUGACGUGCCUCCUGCCAACCUGGCCUUGUGGCGCUCCUAGGCCCCCACCAGGCAGCAGCCCCCGCCUGCACCUUUCCCUCUGCAAUCCUGGGUCCCAGGCAGGGGGGAUGGGCUGCCUGUUCCAGGAGGAGUGGACUGAGCCUGGACUAGGAAAGCUGUGCCAUGCCGAGUGUCAAGGAUGACAAAGGGAGGUCCCUGUUCUUGGCAGCAAUUAAAGUUGGUCCUUCCUUUCCCCAGCAUCUGAAUGAGUGGCUGCUGGUGGGUAAACCGAGGCCAUAAGUUUGUUGUACAACAGAUCAAGUCGAGAGGUGCCUGAAGACUUGGAAGGACUUGAUUCGCAGCCCCCUCUCCUCAAGAGUGGCCUGCACACCCCUCCAGAGCCUGAGUCCUGGUGAAAGCUGAGGCUGGCCACACCCUCCCCAUAGUCGAAGCUUGGCAACCGCUCCAGAGUCAACAAAGAGAAAAGUCAGCUGACUGUGAGCCACCGGAAAAUGGGGAAGCCAUGCAGGGCGAAACCCAGUCUCUGGGGAGGCCUCCUCUGCAGUCUGAGUCUUAGACCAAAUCAGCCCUUCUGCAGUUCGUUGCUGGGCGGAUGGAUUUCCCAUCUUGUUUCCCCUCUGGUCCGGAAGAGCUGACCCUGAGGUUAGUCGGGCUCACAGGCCAUGCUUCCUGAGAAAGAGCGAUGAAGGCAGAGGGCGCUUGACCCCGUGCAGUCCUGAGGGCGUCCCUGGCAGCUCUGGGACCCAGCGGUAUUCUGGAAUCAGAUCAGACGGGCCUGAGGGGGCAGACGGGGGGCCUCUCCUCCCGAGUCCACAGCUGGUGACUCUGUGUUGGUGACUGCUAAGACCAGCAAACACCUGCAAGUUAGGGUUUCUCCUUUCCAGAGAGCCAGUUGUAAAGUGUCGGCCAGCACGUCACUGGGUGGGCCCAGCAGACUUCAUCCUAGAGGUCACCGCUCAUUCCAGGGAGAGGGGGCGGGCAGGGGUCGCGGGUACUGGUAUACCCAGGGGAGCAUCCUUCUGCAGUGGAAGAGAGUGGGGCCGGUGUGGGAUGGAGGGACAGGAUUCUGGAGACCCAGACACGCCGCCAAGGCAUUGGCCAGGGCUCCCUGGAUGCCUUUCUCUUUUCAGAGAAAGGAUGCCCUUUCUCUGAAAAGAAGAGGGUGGGAAGGGAAGAAGGAGCCCCCCCAAAGGUCCCUCACAGGACAGAGUCCAGGGUUUUCUGUUUGUUGGCAGUAGGCUCUCUCUCAAAAGCCAGAGGCUUUCCUUCAGUGCCUGGCGAUCCUUGGCUGGAAGCGGGCCCUUUGGCCUCUGGACCUGGUCGCUCCUGCCCAAUUGUCAGUGUCGGAGUUGCCGGCCUGAGAAGGAGCUGGGGGUCUUUUCGUGUGCGAAUUCUCCCUUAACUCCCAGUUUCUAGAGUGACCUUUCGCUCUUCUCCAGCCUCUUGGUCCAGAGCCCCAGAAUAAGCAACAGCCCGGGGGUGGGGGAAGGAGGGCCAGAGAUGUCCGUCCUGCUGCCUUGCAGAGCUGUCUGGGGAACUUUCCACCUGGCCACCUUUUCCUGCCCCUGCCUGUCCUAACCCCAGCUUCCAGGGCACCUUCUGCACCCACGCCUGAGCCCGCAGGCUUCUGAGGCAGACACAGGCACUGCAUCCGGACCAUCCGCCUGCCCUCUCGAAGUGUUUGAGUUUUGACUUUCUGCCCUGAGACAGUUACCCAUUGUCCAUCUGCCUUCUGUUGUCCAGAAUUUUACUAGAACCUCACUCCUGCUGUCUUCUUUCUCUUUGUCUCUGUGGGUUGGUAGGUUUAAAACCAUUAUUGCCUUUUUUGUUGGAAUGGAGAUACAUUCAAGUGUUCAGCCUAGGUGUAAAGAAAAGUCAAACAUCCACUCCAGCAUCCAACAGACCCUUGCUGAACACCUGAAGGCUGGGUCCUUAGGCUGCAGAAAUGUCUGAGAACCGUCUCUGCACCCCCAAAACCUAAGAACCGGGUGGGCUGAAGUGGGGAUGGGGGUGGGGGCCCAGCAUUUUCCCUUCCCCAACGGACUAAUGCCCUUGCCUCUCCCCUGGAGAAUGGUCUCCCCCUUGAGGUUCACCUUGGUAGAGCAGCCUUCCAAGGGACUUUUUAUUAAAGAAGCUGACCCAGGUCCCACGUGGGUGUGGGCGGGAUCAGUCCAGAAGGCAAAGACCCAGUGCUUAGGGCUCUGAUCUGUUUCUGUUGGGGUGGAGAGUGGCGGCCAGGCAGCCUUGGAGGGGGAUGGUUAGGCCUGGGACGGCUGCCCCUCCCAUCUCUUCCCAGCCCGGUUUCUGCCUCCGCACACCUGCGCCAAGCGCUCCUUCUCCCUGGAACGGCUCAGCCAAGUGGGUCUUCUCACUCGGCUCUUGGCAUCCGUCCCAGGAGGGAUUCCUGAAGUCAUGAAGCAGCCUGGGGAAGCCCCCAGGCCUCUGUCUGACGUGCCCACCACAGUGGGUGUGCACUUGGCUCCUCCAUACCUCUCUGUGCGUUCACCUCUUCCUGGAGGCUUUGGUGUGGACCCCAGCCCUCCUGACCUGGCAUCAGUGUCUGGGCGAAGAAUGGAGAGCGGGACUGAGAGAAGCCACCGAAAGGGGAGAAGCUGGGCUCUGGGCUGGGGAAGUCGGUGGAUGUCAUUCCCACCCGGGGUCUGAGAGAAAGGAUGGGGGCCCCACAUCCAAACAUCCUGACCCCUGUCACUAGAAUUGUCCCUGCAGACGGGCCAUGGAGAAGCUGCUGGAGUCAGGGCUGGAGGGCUCCUCUACAUCCACCCCUACCCCCCCACCGCCGGGCCUUCCUCAGAGAUUUAAAGGCUUGGGCUAAGAGCAUGAUGGUGAGGGGAAAAUUCUGGUGCCACCACUUGGAAUUUCUGUGAACCUCA